AUGAUGGCCCGGCAAUAUGAAGAUGCUAUUGAGUGUCUUAAUUCGAGACGGAGCGUUGCGCAGCCAGACCUAAACCAAAUGAGGGGUUCGGAUGAUAUGUUGAAAUGGUUGGAAUUGCUCGGUUAUUCUCAAGCCGACUUGGGAAGACUGAACGUUAUCCAUGUAGCCGGAACAAAUGGAAAAGGAAGCACCUGUGCAUAUAUCUCGUCCAUACUUCAAAGCUGCGGUUGCAAAGUUGGGCUCUAUACUUCGCCACAUCUCCUCACUAUACGCGAGAGAAUCAGGAUCAAUGGCCGACCGAUAAAGGAAGAGACCUUCACUACGUAUCUUUUCGAGAUAUGGGAUAAACUGCCGCUUCAAGCUAGUGCCAACAUGGACUUUCCUCGAUACCUUCAGCUUUUGACCUUGCUUUCUUUCCAUGUCUUUCUACAAGAAGGGGUCGAUGUUGCAGUCUACGAGCCACACAUGGGCGGCACUUAUGACGCGACAAAUGUCGUUCGGUCCCCAGCAGUAACAGCAGUGACUCGAAUUGCGAAGGACCAUGUCAGAUUACUUGGGCCCGACCUUCAAGAUAUCGCUCGGCAUAAGGCAGGCAUCUUUAAGUCUGGUUGCCGAGCUUUCUCGGCGCCCCAGGAGGCAGAGGUCACCAAGGCUCUCGAGCAGCGUGCGCGUGAGCUCGAAAAUGUGACUUUGUCAUUUGUUGAGCCAGAUUCAUCGCUACAAGUGAUACGCUUUCAAAGAGAAAACUGCUCACUUGCCAUAGAAGUGGCUAAGGAAUGGAUAUCGCUUCGGAAGCCUGCGAAAUUGUUCAGCUUUAGUGAGCAUAUCAAUAGGGGCUUACGGAUGUUUGACUGGCCAGGGCGUUACCAGCAGAUAACCGAAGAUGGCAAUCACAAAUGGUUUCUUGACGGUGCGCACAAUGAAUCAGGAUUGUCCACCGCAGUGUCAUGGUUUGCUGAAACGAGUACAUCACAAAGGUAA